AAAGCAUCUCGAUUUAUGUUAAAAUUGAGUAAAAUAUGGAAGAAUAGUAAAUAAAUUUGGUGAUGUUUUCCUUGCUUUCUCGUUGAUGUUGUCACGUUUGCAGGGAAGAAGAAGCACUACUGCGUCUUUUUCGGUGAGUCUAAUUCCGCAGACCACAUUUCUGCUCCAAUUUUACAAAAACCCAUCUCUCUUUUUGAGUUUUCAACAGCAUGGAUAGCUCGAAUACUGGGAACAUAAAGAAAAUCAUAUGGAAAAGAAGUAAAUCUCCAAUGGAUGUAGAUGGCGGGAUAGUGGACCCGAAUAACUGCAAAGGUGCAGGGGAAGAAACGCGCCAUUGUGAUUCUAUGCAGUUGGUUACAUAUCCGAGGACCUGUGAACCCGCCCAGCCAUUUGCUCUGCCCCUCGUGCCUGUUCCAAAGGUGGAAGAAUGGUGUUCGAAUACGUCUGUCGUCUUGACUGGCACAGCUUGUAGAGGGGGGACUGGACCACCUAUUGGUAUCGCAGACAUUGGUGAGAGCAAAUUUGCAUAUUAUUUUUGUAUCGCUCUCCCUGGCGUCAAGAAAGAUCCCGGUGAAUUCAGCUGUGAGAUUCAAAGGGAUGGGAAGGUCUGUGUUCGAGGUGUGACAUCGACUGGUGGAAAAAUCGUCCAAAAAUAUACCCGAGUAUAUGAAAUGAAAUUUCAGCAACAAUCCCCCCCCGGACCCUUCACGCUCUUCUUCAAUCUGCCAGGGCCCGUCGAUCCUAGGUUGUUCUUCCCCCAUUUCAGACCAGAUGGCAUCUUUGAAGGUGUUCGUUGGAAAGUACUGAGUAAAGUAGAAUCUUGUAUCUUAAUGUAAUAUAUCAACUGCUCAUCUUUUGCUUAAUCUGCUGUAAUCUAUGCUGGCACCCUUUUCAAAGGGCCAUGUGCUUGCUUGCUAUGUUGGAAUUGUUCAUGAACAUGUAUUUCUUCAGAGAAAUGAGAUUUUCUAGUAUAAUUUUCAACAAAA